AUGAUUAUGUAUGGCCGAAGUGGAAUGUUAGAAUUGUGGUUUAUUUACUUGACACAUUGGGGUAUUACGCUGAAUACUUUCGCUACUGGGUUUUCAGUAGCGAUUUCCGCACGCUGCUAUUUCUACGGUCCUAUUGGCGCAGAUUUUAGUUUGCCAUGGUACGUGAAAACUUAUUGGGUUCUGUACAACAGCGCAGUACCAAUAGCUUUCCUCAUAACAGUGUUUUACUGGACUAUUCUUUACGAAGCGGGCUUUGAGGAAGAAAUGAAUUAUGGGUUGGACGUAGCUGUUCACGGUUUGAACUCGAUAGUGAUGUUUCUCCUGCUGGCGUUUUCCUCGCAUCCUUCAAGACUUUUGCACGUUUAUCAGCCUUUUAUCUUUGGAUUAACAUACGGGUUUUUUAGUGCAAUCUAUUAUCUUGCAGGUGGAUUGGAUAAGUUUGGUAACGCAUUCAUCUACCCUGUCAUAAACUGGGGGAAACCAGGACCUACAUUAGGCAUGGUCGCAGUAACAGCAUUGCUUCUCGUCGCACUCCAUCUUGCUACUGUGGGACUGGCGGCAAUACGCGAUGGAAUUGCCUCGCGCUGUUUGCGGCCUGCAGUCAUCACAUACAUUGAAGAAGGAUUGCCUCUUCGCUCACCUGCUCAAACAAUAGUUUAG